GUUCUCUCGAGAUACAUUUUUUAAAUUUCACUGCGCAGUUGAAUUAAAAACCCACCGUUCAAACACGUUCAUGGCAUACCAUUACAACUUGCCCGGACUUUUGUAUUUUGAUCUUACUGACAAGUGAAGCGUCGACGUUAGCGAUUCAUAAAAAACAUGCACGAACAUUCAGUGGGAAACAGGCCGAGCAUAGUAAUUCAAAGUAGCCAACGUUAGCAUGAACGGCACUAUCAUCCCCAACUAAAAGCACCAUUUCAGUGCUUUGUUGACGUUAAACGCCAAGGAAAAGGCUGCUUUCUUUUAUUACUCGUCAUGUAAGUUAUCUGCGUCAAACAGCGGCGCUACUCGUGCUUUGUGACGUUAGUGCCACUUGGACUUGCACCUCGACUCCCUCAGUCCCGGAGGCUCUUCUCCUCCGCCAUGUGGACGUGCAUCGCUGCUCUCCUCCUGCAGGUGGCGCUAGGAGGACGCGCGGAGGGAGCCAGCCCGUCGGCCCUGACGGAGUACACGGCGGCGGACUUCAGCGAUGAAUUGCAUUCUGGGAAGACGCUGUUCAUCUAUUUCCAGCAACUAGUCUCCUCGACCAUCUCUCUCUUCUUGGUGGAGUUGGAUCAGUCCGCUGACGCUCUGCAGCAUUAUGGGGUGCUGGUUGGCAAGGUAAACUGCAAUAAAGAGCCUUUUCAUGGGUACUGUGCGGAAGAAAAGGCCAUAAACACAGUGUUUCUCUUCAGAGGUGGAAAGGAGUUCUUGGGUUUUAGUCUCGACACCGUGUUUGACGUCAACUCCAUAGUGUCCGAGGUCCUAUUACUUCUGGGGGGAAGUGCCAUUCUGCGCGAAGAGAUCAAGUACGUUCACACAGAAACUGACCUGCUGGCAAUGGAGAAGGCCGCCAGAGGGAAGAAGGAUAUCGCUCUGUGUUACGUCAGCAGCCUGGGAACACAAGAGCACAGAUCGAUGAUGGAGACGGCCUAUGUGUAUGGAUCCAAAUACCAAUUCAUCCUCAUCACCGGAGGCCCAGUUUUGAACCAUCUGGGUGUCGAUGAGACGUCUCGCUCGUCUCAAGUGUGGUUCCUCCACUGCAGCGCCCACAGCAGGUCCAUGACCUCCGAGCACUGUCCCUCCACCCGCAUGGGCAAACCGCUCUCCACCCUCAGCCUCCACACCUUCCUGCAGCUCAUGGAGGCUCCACUAGUGUCAGAAGUUUACGAAGACCCGUCCUCGGUCCGCCCCCCCCAGUACCCCUACCAGGACACCCCCCAGGUCUUCCUGUUCUCUCGUCCCGCAACCAAGAGAGAGGACCUGGACAAGGCCACUGCUCUGGCCUGGAGGCUCCGCGGCCUCGCCUUGCUGCUACUCGUGCACAGGCAGAGUCCCGCAGUGAAAACCCCCGAAGAAUAUAAUGCUGCUUACAAGCUGCCUGAGAAAGGUUCAGAGGUAAAGUAUUUGCACUCAAACAGCCCUGAUGAGCUGUUGGAGCUCUUCAGCAAUCCAGUGGAUGAGGAGGAGGAGGAGGAAGAAGAAGACGACGAGGAGGAGGAGGCGGCGCUGGACAUGCUGGACGAUGAAAUUGCGGAGUCUGUCUUUGAGAAUCGUCUGAACUUGCCGGACGCAGACUCGCUCGCCCAGCUGACCUCCGACAACUUCCACGACACAGUGGCUCAGAGCAGCCUGACGGUGGCGCUCUUCUACCUCCCGUGGAACGCUGUUUCAAAGGCCGUCCUCAGCUCAUUCAGUGAUGUGGCGGAGAGACUUGAAGGUUCCGAGGUCCAGAUGAGCGUGGUGAACUGUGCGGAGUGGACCGACCUCUGCGCCGCCGAGUCGGGCAGCUCCCCCCCAAUCCCCUUCCAGCCAAUCACAGCCUUCCCCACCGUCUUGCUUCUCCGCCCUAAGGAGUCGGCCCAACGCUACGGGGGCAUGCUGGGUACCGAGGCGCUGCAUCGCUUCAUCACGCUAAGCCAGCCGCCAUCUCCGGUGCUACUGUCCACCCAAGAGGAAGUGACAUCAUUCCUCCUGGAAGGGCCCCCCCCCGGGUCAGCUGGCUACAGGCCGGAUCGGGCCCUGGGACUGUUUGAGACCCUCUCAGACGCAGGUGCGCGGCAGUUCGCUGAGGCGGCAAAGUCACUGAGAGGAGAGGUGCUGACCGGACUGCUGACCGAUGACCUGGCAGAGAAGUGGGCAGCGGAGCACGGCGUGGGUCUCCCUGCGACGUUGGUGCUUCCAUCUUGGGCGAAGCACACCCGGCCCCCCGCGCUGCCCGCUUCUGCCUCCGCCCAGGAGCUGCUUUCACACAUCAGCACCGCACUGCUGCACCCAGUGCCGGAGCUGACGGUGGAAAACUUGCCGUCCUUCCUCGCCCUUGGCAAAGGCCUCCUCCUCCUCUUUGUGGGGGAGGAGGAGGACGAGAUCGGGCAUACGCAGAACCAUGCGCUGCUGGAGGAGAUGAGAGAAGUGGUGGAGCUGGGUGGGGAUUGGAUGGCGCGAUACCUGGUCUGCUGGCUCCACCUCGGCCGCACUCCGGCUGGUAUGUCUGUCUUGGGGUCGUACCUGGGCUCCAUGCCCCCCCUCCCUGCCCUGGUCCUCACCCAUUUGCCCUCUGGAAGUGAAGUCUAUCAGUACUCCCCCAAUACGCCCAUACUGGCCUCCUCCGUCCUGCAGUGGCUGCAGAGGGUGGAGGACGGGACGGAGUCGGCAGCAGGGAAGUUGGGGGAGGACAGCUGGCCUCCCACCGCCGAGCUAUUCGACUUCCUGAAGAUCAUGGAUAUGCAGGACCCUGACCUCAGCCGACAGCGAGCCUCAGAGGCAAAGGCGGAAGAAGGAGGGGACUCCUUUCCCGCGCGGGACAAGUACCCUCACACCGAGCUGUGAGGGAACGAGCCGUGGUUCUGUUCACAGGAGCACGUAUUCACGUCCUGGUUUCUUACUGCAGCGACUGAUUCCUGGUUGACUUAGUUUCUACUCGAUUGGCCAACCAUGUGAUCUAUUGUUUUGUGUGUAGCUCAGCUGGGGAAGGAAACUCGUGAGUGAGUGUACCCGGAAAAACAUGUUUUAUGAUGUCAAAGACGUGUUUGAAGUGCCAGAAAGCCCGCCAUCAGUCACACGAUCGCACGCGGUUAAGUCAUCCACAGAUGAUUUGCCACACAAGUGUUUUUAACUAACUCACAUCUGCCUUCCCUCUUAGAUGAUACAGCACGUGGAAACUGCAGUGACAUGACACAGAUAUAUUUUCAUCGUGUAUGUGUCUUGUAAAUUAGUCUGAACUUUCUUUUGCUAUCAUUUUAAUUCCUGUCACGUAAGGACAGCGGCACAACAGGUUGUGGCUGUGUGUCAUUUUUAAUUUUUAUUUUUUCUUUUGUCAUUGGAGAUGCGGAAUAGGUCAGUUGGAUUUGUCCUAUCUCAUUAUUAUUAUUAUUAUUCUUCAAUUUUUAACGGUGUUUUUAACAUCUGGUUUUUGGGACUGAGUUGUUACAAUGCAUUAGUCUCCCAGUUAAAAGGGAACAUUGAUUUUUAACCGUCUCCUGAGGGAUCUGAAGGGCCAUUGUGGUUGAGGGCAGAAUGUCUUUUGAACCCUUCAGCUUAAGUUUUUGAGUGAACCGAUGACCGAGCACAGGAUCCAAAGACUAUCAGUUUUUUUUAAUGCUGUAAGGGUUUGGUGUAUCAUGUUGGAAUCGAUUAUUAUUUGACAAAAAUAGUUUUUUCAAGCCCACGUUUUGGGGGUAUGUUAAAAUGUAUAUAAUUCCACAACCAGGCUUGUAAAGUGUUCUAAAGUACUUGUUAAAUUGGUUUAUUUUUGUAGAUGUGCAGAGCACUGAUCAGUAUAUAAAUAUGUAAAUAUAAUAAUACAAAAAAACAACUAGUAAAUGUACUUCUCCAGAACGCAACAGAUUGGUUGUAACAGCCAAUCUGUGUGGUUAAAAGACACUAUUCGCUACUUCCUGAUCAAACAUAUUAAAUGAGAUGGCGGAAUGGAACUAAGUGGACACGUGUCAGAGAAGAAGAAGAAGAAGAAGAAGAAGAAGAAGGUUAAAGGGUGAACCAUCUUACCGUCUGGCUUCAGAAGAAACGACAUGUUUGUUAAAUGUCGAAGUUAGAGAAGUAAGAAGUUUAUAGGCACAGGCUAACGCUGAUGCUAGUUUUCAAUUAGUUUUUUGACCGUUACCAUGCAUUUGUAAAGCUAGCAUUAAGCUAGUUAGCUAGCAGCUGUGAAGAGAGGACAAGGAGACCUGUCUUCAAGUGAUAAUCAAAAGCUUUUUUCUUAGUUUUAAGAUAGAAAAUUGUUUUCCUGUUCUGCUGAAGAAUUCAAGGUCGGGGGGCGAACAGGAUGUGUUAGCAAGGCCAGACAUCUGGAGGAAGGAGGGAUGCUCUAACUAAUGUCGUUAAGAACUAGAUAACAUACUUAUAGACAGAGGCUUUUGUGUUACAUAUAUGGGAACUGUUUCUGUCCUGAUUUAGGAAGCAAGGUCUGCGGGUCAACUAGCAGCAGAUGUGUAAGAUAAGGGGGGAGGGCCACACCACACUUCAUACAACACUCAUACUGUGUUCAUUGUUUACGUUAGGCAAGGUGGUCUGCACAUUGAAUGUGACCAGAUCUUUGGAUGCAGGGGGGUGACAGAUCCUCCUACAUUCCA